AUGUCUCAAGAUGCUGUUUCCUGCGAUAAUCCAGCAAAUGAUCCACUUGAACUUGCCUGUAUUCAACAAUUAGCAACUGCUGGGCUGAUUCUAAAAUUGGUUGAAGAGCAAGAGGAUAAUUCAGCAGACGAUCCACUCUAUAAUGUCUGUGUUAAGCAGCUAGCAACUGCUGGGAAAGUCUUAAAAUUGGUUGAAGAUCAAAAGAAAAAGGUUGAGGCUGAACUACGUAAAAUGAGCGAGCUAAAAGGGCAGCUCAAUACUAAAGAUGUCGAAGCUAAUUCCUAUCAACAUGCUAUAUGCGUCCUUCGACGUUUUGCACAUGAAGAUGAAGAAAAGAUGAAACAAACUCAAGAGGAGCUCCUGCAGCGAGUUGAAGAAGUCAAUGAUCUUCAAACACUGAAUCAACAUCUAAUAGUGAAAGAGCGCGCGACCAAUGACGAGUCAACAGAAGCUCGAAAAGAGUUGAUUGUGAGUUUGGCUCAUUUUCUUGAUGAUCAAAGCGAUAUUCGCAUCAAAAGGUUGGGAGAGAUUGAUAUACUUCCAUUGCAGAUUGCUGUCCAAAGAAAAUUCACAACUGCUGAGAGUUUCAUAGAGGCAGCUCGACUUUGUAGCUUAUGGCAAAGCAAAAUAGAAAACCCAGAGUGGCAUCCGUUUCGAAUUGUUGGUGAUACAGAAAUUCUGGACGAAGAGGACGAGGCCCUUGUGGAUCUGCAAAUGGAAUGGGGAGGUGAAGCAUACGCUGCUGUUGUGACAGCCUUGAAAGAGAUGAACGAAUGCAAUCCCAGUGGCCGAAGAAUCACGCCUGAGCUAUGGAAUUUCGCGGAAGGAAGGAGAGCUAUACAUUGA